UCCUUUGGAAUAUUUUUUGAAUUCGUGUUACAAAAAAAAUGUUACUAGAAGUAUUUAAAAUGAUUUUAAUUACAUUCUGAAUUGGUAGUUUGUGUGUUAAUUGAUAUAUGGAAAUAUAAUUUCAUGCAAAUCGGAGAACUAUAUUAUGCGAACGAGCCGGACUGUGGAAAUUCUCGAACUUCCGGGAAUUAUCCAUGUCGAAAAUAUAAGACAACAUGUUUACCGUUACACAGAUCAUUUUUAAAGCAACACACAAAGAAGAUAAUAAUUAAAUAGUUCAAAAUGUAUGGAAUAGUUGAAAACAGAAUUUGGAAUUUAUAUAAACAAUACAUUAGUGUGAAUUGUGUUUCUGAUAACCAAGAACAAUCUGGCUGGAUAUUUUGCGGAUUAAGUCGUAAUUCUGAUCACAGCACACCAGAAAUUGUAAGAAAAGUUAUUGACAGUUCUUUAAAGGAGUAUUACUUUGCCAACAAUCCUUUGGCAGACGGUUGGAACCAUUAUUCAACAAAGAUUGCAAGAGAAGCCGCUGGAUAAGUAGUUUCAUUUAAAAUUAUGCCAUAUGGGAAACGAUUUGACCCUAAUCACGUAACACGGGUACCCUUGAUGAGACUCGACAGUACGGGUGAAAUUUCGUCAGAAAGUCCGGCCAUUGACACUAUGAUUGACCAUAGUUCCAGGAAGAGUGGUAAUAAUAAACAAUCAUUCAAUAGUCAAGGAGUUGACCUCAGGAACAUGUUUAAUAGAAAGUAUACGAACUUAGGUGGGUACAGAAAUACUUUGACUGCUGAGGACAGCCACAAUUCAUGUAAAAUAUUGAAGAAUAUUGUAAACAAAACAAUUAUAGACGAUUCUAAACCAAUAAUGACUGAAUCCAGAGGAAAAUCUUAUUGUCCGCUCACAUCCAAGAGCAAUAUGUGGAACAACAAACCAAUGGCAUUGUUCCAUCCUGCUGUAGUGGCUUCAACGAUUGGCAUAACAUCACCAUCGAAUACAUCAUCGGAAAGAUCAUACAUUCCAAAAAUGACUUAUUGUAAUUGGAAUCAGUGCUAUCAAAAUAAAUUUAAGCAAAACUAUUUAGCAAAGAUUUCUUGCAAAUCUGCUGGUGCUUCAGGUAGUGUAAAUCAGACAAAACAUUCCAAUUAUCCUUCCAGGAAAAACUGUGAUAAAGAUAGAAUUUUAAAUGAUGAAAAAACUAAUAAUAUAGAGUCUGUUUCAAACGCUACUUCUAGUCUAGAUACAGAAAGUGUGCAAUCAAAUCCAAAGCGUUGUGAUGAAGAAAAAUGUGAACCGAAAAAUGGCAGCAAAAAAACACCUUCGGAGAAUCCAAAGGAAAGGGUAAAAAGCAACCCAUUGAAACAACAAAAAAAAGAUAGUGAAGACAGUUGUGAAAUACCUGACAACAGUGGAGAAGUUGUAAACAGUUGGUUAGAUUUAUGUACCGACGAUGAAUGUGACGAACUGAAGACUCGGGUUGUACCUGAUUCCUUAAAUUAUGAAGUUGUGGAAGUAGAACAAAGUGUCAAAAAUAUAACAUGUGAAGAGAAGUCCAAUAUUGACAAAAUUGGAGGGAAUGAAAAGAAUGACAAUUGCAAGAGCUUCAGUUUUAGGAAUUUAGAUGGAAAAUCUUCACAGUUUCAAAUUCAAAUCAAUGCAACCAAUUCUCAACUAUCUCCUAGUAGUGAAAGAGAUAAAAACAGUGAAGAAAAUACAUUAGAAGAUAAAUCUUUUAUGCUUUUUAUAAGGAAAGAAAAUAAAAAAUGUAGACCCUCAGCUAAAAAGAGACGUAGAUCCAAAGCUAAGAAGGAAGAUGCUACAGAAGAGACAAAUCAAUCAGAAGAUUCUUUCCGAAAGUGCCAAAAUCCAGCCGUUGCUUUUAUGUUAGGUUUUAGUCCAGACAGUGACGCUAGUGAAUCACAAAAUCAACCUUCACAUUCUUUUUUUAUGACAUUUGAAGAUGAUGAAGACUUCAGCGAUUGGUCUGAUGAUGAAGAUGAAGAUGGCGAUCAAAUAGAUGGAAACUGUUUAGGUUCAGAUCUUCUUGACUCUGCAUUUAGCAUGCCUUUGAAUUUGAAUGUUAUUUGCUCUGUGAAACAACCAGAAACAGAUGAACAUUCCAAAAAUUUAAAAGACAUAAACCAUGCAUGGGAAGUUCAAAUUAGAAGACAUCCUUCAACAGCCAAGAUUGAGGAUCCCAAAAAAUCUAAGAAAAAGGACAAAAAGGUACACUUUCCAGAGGAUGCAAAGAUUGCCAAAGUACACAACAUGAUUACAUGGGCACAUGCAUAUCAGGCAGCAAGAAAAGGCCAGUGGCGGGAAAAUGCACUUGAUCAUGAACGUUUUCAAAGACGCGUAGAUGACGCAGAAAAAAUACUUAGUCCAGUAUUAUUAACAGAACAUAGAAAUAAAAUGUACAAAUUACUAUCAGAAUCUUAGAUGUAAACAAAAAAUAA